AUGUCUACGCAAAACCGUCCAGCAGGUUUCACCAGCUUGCGCAUGGGAGAAGUCAUCCGUGAGAAAGUGCAAGACGGUGUGACUGGCGAGACCAGAGAAAUGCAGUACACCCAGUGCAAGAUCGUGGGAAACGGCUCUUUUGGAGUGGUUUUCCAGACCAAGCUGGCUCCAAACGGAGAGGAUGCAGCUAUCAAGCGUGUUCUUCAGGACAAGCGCUUUAAGAAUCGUGAAUUGCAGAUCAUGCGUAUCGUCCGUCACCCCAACAUCGUAGAACUAAAAGCGUUCUACUACUCGAAUGGAGAGCGUAAAGAAGAAGUCUACCUCAACCUUGUCCUUGAAUUCGUGCCGGAGACUGUAUACCGUGCCUCACGUUUUUUCAACAAGAUGAAAACUACCAUGCCCAUUCUCGAGAUCAAGAUAUACAUCUACCAGCUUUUCCGCUCCCUUGCGUAUAUCCACUCCCAGGGCAUCUGUCAUCGGGAUAUCAAACCGCAGAAUCUUCUGCUUGAUCCGAAUACCGGCGUACUCAAGCUCUGUGAUUUCGGUAGCGCCAAAAUCCUGGUCGCAAAUGAGCCCAACGUCUCAUACAUCUGCUCUCGCUACUACCGUGCCCCUGAGCUCAUCUUUGGUGCUACCAACUACACCACCAAAAUCGAUGUCUGGUCCACCGGCUGCGUGAUGGCUGAGUUGAUGCUUGGUCAACCUCUGUUCCCCGGAGAGUCUGGCAUUGAUCAGCUUGUUGAGAUCAUUAAGGUGCUGGGGACUCCAACCCGCGAGCAGAUCCGCACCAUGAAUCCAAACUAUAUGGAACACAAGUUCCCUCAGAUUAAGCCUCACCCAUUCAACAAAGUAUUCCGCAAAGCGACCCCAGAUGCGAUUGAGUUGAUCUCGGCUCUUCUCGAGUAUACCCCUACUAAGCGUCUCUCGGCCAUCGAGGCCAUGGUUCACCCAUUCUUCGACGAGCUUCGUGCUUCGGAUUGUCGAUUCCCCGACUCUCGGCAUGCCGCUGGUGGUACUAAAGAGAUGCCAAAACUGUUCGACUUCUCGCGUCACGAGCUCUCAAUUGCUCCGGAGCAAAACGCGCGUCUCGUCCCGACCCACGCGCGUAAGGAGCUUCUCUCACGCGGCAUUGACCUUGAAACCCUCGAUCCAAUGUCUCAGGACGAUAUGAAGGCUCAGCUUGAGUGA